GCUUUUGUGUAGCGUGUGCUCUGGCCAUUUCCACAGACACUAAUGUACGUCAGUCCACAUGAACAGCAGCUGUUGCAGUCCAUUUCAAGCUAUAGCUACGGACCGAAACGUUUAUGGUGGAUGGUAUAUCUGUUUGGCCUGGCCUGCUCUGCAAUUGCUGAAUUUUUUAAAUCUUCAGCCUCUACAAAUCUGUUAUAAUGGAUAGGCAGGUGAGCCUUACCAGGACAGAAAUGUUCUCUUUCGUCAACCCUUGGAUUCGGUGCUUCCUGUUCUUCUUCAGCUUUUUAUUCUGGGUGUUUUCUCUUCUUAUUGUAGCUAUUGGAGUAUAUGCCAAAGUUCAGAAAGCAACAGACGCAGUGCGUGACACAUUCUUCAUUGAUCCUGCUGUGUUUCUCAUUGUGGUCGGGGUGGUCAUGUUCUUCAUCACCUUCUGCGGAUGCAUCGGAGCUCUGCGAGAAAAUAUACGGCUCCUCAGAAUUUUCUCAUUUAGUCUUACCCUGGUCUUUCUAACCCAAAUGGUCAUUGAAAUCCUGGGCUUCUUCUACUCUGACCAGACACGCGAUGCUCUGGAGAAAUUCGUGAAAAAGGCUAUUGUGCACUAUCGAGAUGACCUGGACCUUCAAAACCUAAUGGACUACAUCCAAAAGGAGUUCAAAUGCUGUGGUUGGAACAACUACACCGACUGGUCCUGGAACCUCUACUUCAACUGCACCCCGUCAAACCCCAGCACUGAGAGAUGUGCGGUUCCCUUCUCAUGCUGCACUCCUCUACCAGGAGAGACUGUGAUCAACACCAUGUGUGGUUUUGGGGUUCAAACACAAAACCACCUGGACACCACUAAAUCGAUCUAUCCGGUGGGCUGUGCAGACAGAGCUGUAAUAUGGAUUGAAUCUCACCUGCUGUUAGUUGGGGCGCUCACGCUGGGUCUUGCUUUACCACAGAUCGCAGGCAUCGUUCUGUCUCAGAUCCUCAUUUCUGAGAUCCAGAAAGAGAUCGGAUCCGUCAUGUAGAACCAGCAAUCACCUGCAG